AUCAUCCGAAUCAUCAUCAUCAUCAUUGUUAUUAUUGUUAUCAUCAGUAACCGAAAUGGAUAAUUUUACAGUGAUUAUUGAUGAACCAACAACAACAACAAUAACAACAACGACAACAAUUAUACCGGCAAUACCUGAAUGGAUUGAAACAAUGCGCUAUAUUAAAAUCAGUUUAUUAGCCUUAAUGUUUAUAUUAAUAUUUUGUGGUAAUACAUUUGUAUUGGUUGCAUUAAAUAAUCGAAAACUACGCAAAAAUCGAAUGUAUUUCUUUUUGGCUCAUCUAUCUAUUGCUGAUUUAGUCACCGGGUUUUUUAACGUAUUACCACAAUUAGGUUGGGAAAUUGCACGUCGUUUUUAUGGUGGAAAUAUACUUUGUAAAAUGAUUAAAUUUUUACAAAUACUUGGUCCAUAUUUAUCAUCAUAUGUAUUAGUUAUGACAGCUAUUGAUCGUUAUCAAGCAAUUUGUCAUCCAUUAUCCAAUUCAUUAGCACAUACAAGACGUUCACGUUGGAUGGUUGCUUGUGCAUGGAUUAUGUCAUUAUUAUUUUGUACACCACAAACAUUUAUAUUUAGUUAUCAAAAAAUUUCUGCAACAUCAGAUGAUUAUGAAUGUUGGGCAACAUUUCCGGAACCAUAUAUGACAAAAAUGUAUGUAACAUGGUAUACUGUCAGUGUAUUUAUCGUACCAUUCAUCAUAUUAACAUGGACACAUUAUUUUAUUUGUCGUGAAAUAUGGUUAAAUUGGCAUUAUAAACGACAAAGUUUAUUAAUUAAACCUGAAACAAUACAUAAUCAACAACAACAAAAUGAUACCAUAAAUAGAACAAAAAAAUCUUAUUCAAUAUCAUCAUCAUUAGGUGGUAGUGUUAAUCAAUUUAUACAUCGUUUAUCAAAUGUUGGUAUUAAUGAUAAUAAUAAUGAUAAAAAUCCUGAUUUGGGUAUAAAUUCUAUUGAUAAUCAUUCAUUGACAAUAACACCGCCAACAACAACAACAAAAUGGUAUGGUCAAUCAAGACUAACAACACCAACAACAAAAUUUGCUUGUCGUCCUUGUUCAUCAUCGUUGCCUUCAUCAAAUCCGGCCAUGAAUCAUCAUCAUCAUCAUCAACAACAAAUUAUAUCAAAUCGAUGUCCAAUUCAUCCGGAUCAUUAUCAAUUUCGUCAUAAUAAUCAUAAUAAUCAUUCGCAACAACAACAUCGAACAUUUUCAUUAAGAAAUCCAUCAAUAUCAAUAACCAAAGAUAAUGAACAAAAACAAACAAAUAGAUUGAUUGAACAGAAUGAAUCAAAAAAUGAAUCGAAAAAUCCGGAACAAAACAAAUCUAAAACUGUACAUAAUCAUCAUCAUCAACAACAUUAUUAUUUAAAACGUUCAAAAUCAGAAAGUGAAUUAAUGUAUCGACGACAGGAAAAAAAAUUAAAACAUUUACAAUAUUAUCGUUAUCAAAGUGAAAAAAAUCGACGAUAUUCUAAUCGAAAACCAUCGCUUACAUUAUUAUCUUCAUCAUCAUCAUCAUCAUCAAUAUCAUCAAUAUCCACCGAAAAUGAUCAUCAAAAUAAUAAUGAUCGCUGUGAUGAACGAAAUAAUCGAAAACGUAAACGUUAUCGUCGUAAUUCUAUACAAAUAAUUCCAUUGAAUAAGAAUUCAAAUAAAAUUCAAACAUUAUCAAAAUGUUUAGAUCAAGAACAACAACAACAUUUGAUGACAAGAUCAAUAUCACAACGACGACCACCACCACCACCACCACCACGGCCACCAUCAUCAUCAAUAUCAUCACCAUCAAAUCAAAUUCAAAUGACAAUACAAUGUAUUUGUUGUAAACAAUGUUGUCCAAAUUGUCAAUUAUCAUCGAAUCAUCAUCAUCAACAACGAAAACAUUCAAUGAAAUCAAAUCCAGAUUCUUCAUUAUCAUCAAAAACAAUGUCCUAUCAAUGUACUACUAAUGGUAAUAUGUUGAUGAAUGGAACAAAACAUUCAAAAUUUAUUAAUCAAAAUCAAAAUAUUACAAAUGAAUAUGAUGAACAUGAAUCAUUUGAUAUAAAGAAUGCAAAAUCUGAUCCAAAUGUUUCAUCAUCAUUAUCAUUAAUAAAGUUAAAGAAUGCCACAACAACACCGUUACAAUCACAACAACAAUCAUCAACAUCUGUUUCGAUUGAUAGUAGUAAUAAUAAUAAUAAUGUUGUAAAUGUAUUUGUUCCACGUAAUUAUCAUAUCAAUACAGGUGGACAACCAAAUAAACGUAUGAGUAAUCCACGUAUACAUUCAAUGCAUGGUUUAACACGUGCAAAAAUUAAAACAGUUAAAAUAACAUUGGUUGUUAUUACAUGUUAUGUUUUAUGUUCAUUACCAUUUAUAUGUGUACAAUUAUGGGCCGAAUAUUGGCCAAAUGCUCAAGAAAGUCCAAUAUAUUCAGGUCCAAUAAUUGCCAUAUUAAUGCUAUUGCCAAGUCUUAAUUCCUGUGUUAAUCCUUGGAUUUAUAUCUAUUUUAAUCCAAAUUUAAUAACAUUAUUUUGUCAAUUUUUUAAACGAAAAUCAUCAUCCGAUGAACCAUUAUCAAAAAGUGGUGCAUUAUUGAAUAAUAAUAAUCCGGGUGGUGGUGCUGGUGGUGGUGGUAAUGGUGGUGGAUUUAAGGCAAAAUUUCAAAAACAUUAUCGACAAACAUCCGAAUCACCUGAUUGUUCAUUAAGUUUAACCGAUAAUACAACAACAACAUGUCAUUCAACACGUUUAGUUACAAGACAAAAUGAUUUUUUAGUUGAUAUGAAUAAACCAGGUGCUGGUUUUCGUUAUAUGGCAACAAAUCGUUUAAAUUUACCAUCAAUUACUUAUCAUCAUCAUCAUCAUCAUCAUUAUAAUAAUAAUAAUCAUUCAAAUCAUCAAAAUCAUUCGAAUCAUAAUCCAAAUCAAUCCAAAAUAAACAAUGUUAAUCAAAGUAUUUCAAUGAAUAAUCUGGUUCGUUAUUGUAAUGAUGAUCAAAAUCAUAUUGCUCAAAAUAAUGAUAAUAAUAACGAACAACAACCACAACAACAGCAUAUUGAUGAUAAAGAAUCGAUCGAAUUUGUCGAUUUGAUCUUGGUUAAUGAAAACAACAACAACAAUAAUCCAACAAUUGAUCGAUCGAUUGUAAUCAAUAAUGAUGUCUUUGGUGUUGAUAAUGAUGAUGAUGAUGAUGAUAACAAUAAAUGUCAUCAACAGCAACAACAACAUGAUUCACAGCAAACAAAAAAUCAAAUAAAUCAGUUAAAAAUAAAAAAUCAUCGGUUAAAUUCAUUGACAAAUCGAUUAGAUCGUAUGUGGUUGAAAUUAUCAUCAAAUAAAAAUAAUGGUAAUAAUCGAACAACAUCGACAACAACAAAAACAACAAUGAUAAUGAUACGAUCAAAUAAACAACAACAAAAACAACAGUAUCCGGCAAAAUCAUCACAAUUACGAUUAUUGAACAAAGCAACGAAUGUUGAAUGUGUUGUUAAUGAUGAUCAAUAUAUUGUAUAGGAUUAUUUUUUGUUUUGUUUCGAGAAUUUCAAUGUCCCAUCAAACCAAAAACCAAACCAAACCAAAAAAACCA